AUGCAAUCGCCGUCGCAGUCUCCACAUGCUAAACAGCAGCAACAGCAGCAACAGCAGCAAGAGCAACAAGCUGGCUUCAACCCGAGCCCGGCUCAGGACGUCUCACCAAGUCAGCAUGCGCCCUCGUUUGCCGAAGUCAAGUCCGAACAAUCCCAUGACGUUUCACACCUGCUGCUAGCUUCGCAGCAGCGCUUCAGCACUGGAAGUCAAUCACCCUUGUCAGCUCCAGCAUCGGCUGAACAACCGGGCUCUGGUUACCAGUCUAGCAGCGCACAGUCGGCAUCGGGCGACCUCAACGCAGCUUCCACUUCCACGGCGGGCUCUCGCCGACCGUCUGCGCUAGGCCGCAAAACAUCGGAGGGGCACCGAAACCAGAAACACAGAUGGUCCGCCGAAGAAACGCAAGCACUCGUAGAUGGCUGCAACAAGCAUGGCGUGGGGAACUGGAAGAAGAUUCUAUCAGAUCCAGAGCUCUCGAACCUCUUUUCAGAUCGGUCCGCUGGCGAUCUCAAGGAUCGCUUUCGAACCUACUUUCCCGAUGCUUAUCACGAGAUGUAUCCCAACGCAAAGACGCACCUCAGCAAGGCGGUCCGAGGUCGAGAUGCCGAGGGCAAAAGUAUCUUUGAAAAGGGCAAGACCAAGGAAAGGCGUCCCUUUACUCCCGAGGAGGAUGCUGCUCUUCGUGCGGGCUACCAGCAGUACGGGUCGCACUGGGCUUUGAUCGCCAAGAAUCCCAUCUUCAACGGCCAGAGACGAGCCAUCGAUCUGCGCGAUCGCUUCCGCAACGCCUUUCCGGAAGAUUACGAGAGAGCUGGCUUCAAGCCACGCCCCUCCAAAGCACGAAAGGAACGCGGGCCGAGCGCCGCCAAACCAGGCGAAGGUCACGCAGCCAGGUCCGGGCCCUUGUCCGGCACUCUUUCGGACCAUAGCCUCUCAGAAGGCGCGUGGCGUAGCUCAGAAUAUCCUUUAAGCGAUGCUACCAGUGAUGGUCAUCUCACCGAUCACGGCAACCUUACUGACUACAGCUACUUCACCGACCAGGGCAAUCUCACCGAUGGUGGCGGUGCCGAGCCGGUCCUGUCCGGCCCUCCCAGCGGUGCCAGCAGCGCGCUGGGCCGCUCCAACUCGAUGGGCCACAGCUUUCCACACCACAUGCCGCCCCAGGCAGGUCAAGGCGAACGUCUGAGUUUCGGUCAAGCCCUUGCGUUGCAACAGCAGCAGCAACAGGCGCAGCAAUCAUCUUUGCAGGCAAGACCCCCUUUCCUAUCCUCCAAUACCGCGCCUCUUCCCGGCGCAGGCAUGCAGCUUCGCGCUUCCGAUAUGGUCACAGGACAGUCGAUCCACAGUCUGUUUGAACAGCUCCAGCAAGCCAGUCUCGAAGGCCCAGGCACCAGUUCAGAGACAAGCAGCGUUCAUGAACGAGCCACUCCACCGAGCGCUAGUGAGAGCGACUUUGCUCAACAGCAGCAGUUGCAUCUUCAGCAGUUGCAUCAGCAGAAGCUCAAUGCCCAUACUAAGACUACCUCGGCAGACGAUGCCCGUAGACAGGCUGGUAAACAGACCGGCCACGACGGCGUCAGCCACAAGAGGAGAAGUCAUGCAUCGCGAACCGGCAAGAACUCGGCGCUCGAGCGUCUACCUUCGGUUCAUGGUCACCUCCAUCACAUGCACGGCCAGGCGCACGCCACGUCCCAAUCAAAUCCGCACUCGGGACCGCACUCACAAUCUUCGAGUCAACACCACUCGCCCGCAGGUGGUGCCGUGCCUAUCCAAUCAGAUGCUCGACUUUCACCACUGGGCCAUACAGAGUACGGUGUUCAGCCUGAUGUGUUGGCCUGGUUGAACCCGGGCGGUCAAAAUGUCCUUCCGGAGAGUGCCUCCAUGGACAUUGACAACCAGCGAGCCGGUGGUCAAGUACCUUCGUCGUGGUCAGCCUACAGCUCGAGCGCCAGCGACAUAGCUGGCCCCCGCGUUGCUCCUUCUGUCUCUGGCAAUAUUUUUGGGAGCCAGCAGCCCAUCUAUGGAACGGGCAUCGCUUUUGCCAGUCAGUCCGGGUAUACUUCACCGACGCAUCCAAGUGCGGGCGCCAUCACGGUCCCCGGCGUCGGAAGUGCAUCGGAUUCCUCAGCGUCUUCGGCGACGGGAUCUCGCAGAUCGUCGGCCGUCGCCAAUCCUUUCAUUCAGCAGCAACAACAAGCCCAUCAAACGAAUCCCAAAUCGCCCAGCGACGAGCAAGCGAAUCUGCAUAGCAACUUUGUGGCUGGCCAAAUGCCAAACUUUGGUGAUCCUUUCUGUACGACCUCGGGUGACACUGCUCAGUGGAACGUCGAUUGGGACCUAGGCAGCAUCCCAGACGCAGGGCUUCAUGCGGACGACGUCAACGAGCUGCUCGCCUCUCUGCCACUCUCGCAUCAGCAAUGGGCUGGUGACUUCCAUCGUGGAGAUCCAACCGCUGCGAGCGGGUCGAACGAGCACGCCACCAACUUCAUGGGAGGCAAUGCGGCUCAGAUGGCACCGGCGCAACGUGGCCAAUCCGGAUCUGUAGGCAGUUCGUCGAACAACGGGUUCCUCGGUCAGGGACAAAACGUAGACGAGGCCAUGCUGCGGCAAUUGAAUGCUUUGAGUGAUGUGUCACAACAACAACAACAACAGCAGCAGCAGCAGCAACAACAACAACAACAACAACAACAACAACAACAACAACAACAACACCGUGGCCAGCAGCCAGCAGGCGGCGGCCAGGCUGGCACCUCGGCCAACGCUGAUGGCGGCGUGUCAUUCGACACCGUGACGUAUGGGGACCCGCUCAUCCGCCAAGAACGAGAAGGCUCGCCGGACUCGCUGGAGCUGCAGAGGGAGCAGACUUUCACCGCCAAGGACUUCGGCAAGCGCUUCGGAAUCGACGAUUCAGAGCGCAACAAGGAUUUGGAAGAGUCCGACGACGAUCAUCGUCGCCGCUCCACCGAUACUCUGCGUCGGGCCGAAAUUGCACUUGAACAGGCCCUUGAGUCUGUUGAAGAUACCCGUGCUUUGGCAUUUGCGCAGCAGUUCCAGCGGGAUGUGGACUCGGAUGAUGAAGGUUCGGACGAGGAGGCGGACGACGACGGAUAUGAGGAGGACGAGGAGGACGACAACGAACCCGACUACGAGCUCGAUGGGAUGGGCCCGGACUACAAUUUCCAACAAGUACUGGAUGAGUUGCAAGCCUCGGACUCUCACCUUGGCGGCGCGGAAGGAAUCUCGAAUGACUUUUUCGACGGGCCAUUCGAUGGUGACAUGGGAGCAACGCCUGGUGCUCCUGACCAACCUGGUCUUGACAGCAGCGAUCUGUCUCUAUACCCCGACUUGGGCAGAUCCCUUGCCACUCGCCAGCAGGAAUCGACGCAGUCUCAGUUAUCGAAUAGCUCGCCGGUCAGCAGCUCUCAAGGACAGUCACAGGGACAAGGAGGUGCUGCAGCAGCAGCAGGAUUGAUGAAUCAGGUGUGGAACGCUGGCUUACCCGUCCAUCAACAAGUGGGUGGGAGUCAGCCCAACGCAUUCGCUGGGAAUGCUCAGGCGUUUGCCAACGCGCAGCAAGCAGCGGGUUGGACCUCCAGCCCAGGCGAGAACGCUAGUCCUGGCUACGGCAUGAAUCGCGGUCGACCCCGAUGA